AUGCAGCCAAUAGUUGAAGUACGAGAUUACAACACUAAACGUACAGUGCUUUCGGAUACAGCAAGAAUCUUCGACCCGCUCGGCCUUUUGGAACCAGUGACCGUUGUGGCCAAACUAUUCGUCCAAGAGCUUUGGGCCUACGGUGUAAAUUGGGACGAGCGCCUGAUGGUGGAACAGGAAAAUAAAUGGAGAAAAUUUCAAGAGUCUUUGCAGGAGAUUAACGAAUUGGAGAUACCACGAAGGGCUAUCGCAGACGGCGCCCUAGUGUACGAAAUUCAUGGUUUUUCGGAUGCUAGCAAGAAAGCAUAUUGUGCAUGCGUGUAUCUUCGGAGCAUCAUGCCCGAUGGCAAGGCUGAAAUGUAUCUUCUGAGCAGUAAAACUCGUGUGGCGCCGUUACCGAAGUUGUCUGGGAAACGCAAUACUAAACCUUUCACUAUUCCGAGAGCAGAAUUGUGCGGUGCUCAUUGGCUUUCUAAAUUGGUCACAACUCUAAUUGAUGCUAUAGAUCUGGAACUCAACGGCGUCUUUCUUUGGUGUGACUCUCAAAUCGUGCUUUGUUGGCUACAAAAAUCUCCAGUUAAUCUGGAAGUAUUUGUCGGAAACAGAGUGCGUGAGAUUCAACAGCUGACGAAACAUUAUGAAUGGCGAUACGUUAACACAAGAGACAACCCCGCACAUAUCGCAUCCCGUGGAGUCACACCAUUAGAACUGAAACAGUCAAUUGUUUGGUGGCGCGGACCAGCAAUGCUGCAGAAUGUUAACUACGAGUAUCAUCAGUUCGAGCAAAACAAUUUUAACGAGCAGGAAUUAGAAUUGGUUGACUUAACAUGUGCAUACGUUGCCGCGCACACAGAAGUAAACGAGUUGUUGACGAGAUACAGUGACUUUAGGAAACUACAACAGAUGGCAGCAUACAUCUAUCGUUUCGUGAACAACUGCCGAAUGAAGGAAAGAAGUAAGCGAGUCACAGGAUAUCUGACAGUCGCAGAGUUACGAAAUGCAACAUACAAAAUCAUUGCGCAGGUUCAGCGCGAGGGUUUUGCAGCAGAGUUAGAAAUGUUUAGAAGAGGACAAAUGCAGAAAAGCAAAUUGCUGAAUUUGGCUCCAUUCAUCGACCACGAUGGGAUGCUGAGAGUUGGCGGGCGUCUGAAACAUGCCAAACUUCCGUAUGAUAGAAAGCAUCAAUUGUUAUUACCACAUAACCAUCAUGUGACUAAAAUACUAAUUUCAACGCUACAUUCAGAAAAUCUACACGUUGGACAGCAAGGUUUGCUGGCAAUAAUUCGUCAGCGUUAUUGGCCAGUUCGUGCAAAGUGCGUUAUUCGUCAAGUUGUAAGGCGGUGUGUUCGAUGUUUUCGAAUGCGCCCUCCUGAAACCGAGCAGUAUAUGGGUGAGCUGCCUGAUUACCGAGUAAACCCUUCGUUUCCAUUCUCCAGAACAGGCAUAGAUUAUGCAGGACCUUUCUUCAUUCGUCAAGGAGUUCGCCGUACAUCGAAGGUGAAGGCUUAUGUAGCGCUAUUCAUAUGUAUGUGUACCAAAGCCAUACAUCUCGAAUUAGUCUCCGGAUUAACAUCGGAAGCAUUCUUAGCUACUUUGCAAAGGUUCAUCGGACGACGCGGCUAUCCAGAAAGGUUGGUGUCGGACAACGCAACUAAUUUCAAGGGCGCACAAUCAGCGUUGCGUGAACUUCACGAGAUGUUUCAGUCGCAGCAAACAGAAAAUGUUAUCAACAAGUUUUGCUCAACAAGGGGGAUCCAAUGGUCGUUCAUUCCUCCUCGGUCGCCAAACUUUGGCGGCAUAUGGGAAGCUGGAAUUAAAGCAGCCAAAACCCAUCUUAAGAUAGUGCUGUGUGAAGCAUCUCUUAACUUUGAAGAAAUGAGUACAGUGUUGACUCAAAUUGAGGCAGUGCUCAAUUCCAGACCGCUAACACAGUUGUCCAGCGAUGCUGAUGACCUGUCUGCUUUGACGCCAGCUCAUUUUUUGGUGGGUCAUGAACUAACAGCUGUUCCGGAGCCCAGUCUUCAAGAUGUAAGAGUGUCUUCCUUGUCUCGCUGGCAACAUCUACAGAAAUUAAGGCAAGAUUUUUGGGCUAGGUGGUCAUCUGAAUACUUGCACGAGUUGCAACCAAGGAGCAAGUGGUAUAAAAACAAGGUUGUUAUACGUCCAGGAAUGCUUGUAGUACUCAAGGAAGACAAUAUGGCGCCGCAGCAUUGGCGGCUCGGGCGCAUAACGGAGAUAUUCCCUGGAGCGGAGAAUUUGGUUCGCGUAGUUAAGGUUAAAACAGCAAGCGGAGAAGUACAUCGCUCGGUAAACAAAAUUUCGAUUCUGCCUAUCGAGGAUAACAAUAUAACGGAAGAUUGA